CUACGACGACUCGCUGCUUCCAGACAGGCGCCACGCAGUGAACGUGUGCGCCACAUCACACGGAAAAGCACCUAGAGCUAUAGGUUAUCGUCAGUGACGGUCCACCGGGCCUGCGCUCGUCGAACCCUGGUGCGACUGACUGUAACCUGUCCUCGACGUUUCCACAGAAAGGUCCGUAGCAGCACUCGCAUCGCGCGAGCAUGGCAGAAGCGGAGUUAGAAACCUUUACCUCCAUCAUGGACGCGCUGGUUCGCAUUAGUUCCAACAUGAAAAGCAUGGAGCAGGAGCUCCACUGCCGCGUGUGUGACGAGAUGGUGAAGCAGCCCAUCCUCCUGCCUUGCCAGCACAGCGUGUGUCUCCUGUGUGCGGCUGAGGUGCUGGUACAAAGAGGUUAUCCUCCUCCAGAGCUCCCUGCGGAACCCAACUCCCCAGCCUCCACUCCCAACACCCGCUCCCCGCGGCAGGCACGCCGGCCCACGCCCAGAACCCCUGACCGCCUGGAACGGGUCCUCAAAACAGUGUGUGGGACGCAUCCGGGGCGAAGGCGUAAGGACGCUCCCCCUCCCCCCAUGCUGUUCCCGUGUCCUGUCUGUCGGGAGGACGUGGAGCUGGGGGAGAAAGGCCUGACGGAUUGCCUGCGCAACCUCACGCUGGAGCGCAUUGUGGAGAGGUACAGACACACCGUGAGCCUGGGCAGCGUCGCCGUCAUGUGUGGCUUCUGCAAACCCCCCCAGUCCCUGGAGGCCACCAAAGGCUGCGCCGACUGCAAGGCCAACUUCUGCAACGAGUGCUUCAAGCUCUACCACCCCUGGGGAACGCCCCGAGCGCAGCACGAGCACAUCUUACCCACCAACAACUUCAGGCCCAAGGUGCUGACGUGCACGGAGCACGAGCAGGAGCGGCUGCAGUGGUACUGCCGGAACUGCCAGAAGGUGCUGUGUCCGCACUGCAAGCUGCGGCGCGUCCACCAUGGGCACAAGGUGUUGCCUGUAGCACAGGCCUACCAGGCCCUGAAGGAGAAGAUUUCCAAGGAAGUGGACUUCAUUCUGUCCAACCAGGAGACGAUACAGACCCAGAUCAGUCAGCUGGAGGCUGCUGUCAAGCACAUGGAGGCCAACAGCGCCGCGGCUCUGCAGCAGGUGACCCACUGCUUCCGGGAGCUGGGCGCGGCGGUGGCCGAGCGUCAGGGGGCGCUGGCGCUGGCCCUGGAGGACUCCCGGCACCGGCGGGCGGAGGCGCUGGGCGCCCAGGCGUCCGAGCGGCGAGGCCUGCUGGAGAACGCGGGCCUGGUGGCGUACACGCAGGAGCUGCUCAGGGAGAGCGACGCGCCGUGCUUCGUGCAGGCGGCCAGAGUCACGCACAGCAGGCUGGUGAGGGCCAUAGAACACCUCCAGAGCUUCUCUCCGGCCGCGGACGCCUCCUUCAGACACUUCCACCUGGACGCGAGCAAAGAGGUGCAGCUCAUCCACAGCCUGGAGUUCAUACGCGCCCCACUGGCUCCCGUCAUCGACACCCAGAAGACGCUGGCGUACGACCAGCUGUUCCUGUGCUGGCGCCUCCCGCAGGACUCGGCGCCCGCCUGGCACUUCUCGGUGGAGUACCAGCGGCGCGCGGGCGGCGCCGGGGCCGCGUGGGGCGGGACGCGGUCGCCCGGCGCCGCCGCCGCGUGGCUGCGGCUGGACGAGGUGCGAGGGACCAGCGCCGUGGUGGCGCGGCUGCACAUGGACAGCGUGUACGUGCUGCGGGUGCGAGGCUGCAACAAGGCCGGCUUCGGGGAGUACAGCGAGGAGGUUUACCUCCACACGCCGCCGGCUCCCGUGCUGAGUUUCUCCCUGGACUCUCGCUGGGGUCUGCAUGCUGACAGACUGGCGCUGGGUAAAGGCCAGACCUACGCCCGCAGCGUGCCAGGCCUCUCCCUCCUGCAGGCUGCAGACCGCACACUCACAUCCUGCCACUUGACCUCUGACCUGCUGGUGGCUGACUUGGCUGUCACUCAGGGCAAACACUACUGGGCAUGCUCCGUGGAGCCCGGGUCUUACCUGGUGAAGGUGGGAGUGGGGCAGGAAGCUAAGCUCCAGGAGUGGUUCCAUCUCCCUCAGGACAUGGCCAGUCCUCGCUGUGACCCGGACAGCGGCCAUGACAGCGGGGCGGAGGACGCCCAGGACUCGCCUCCCUUCUGCUUCCUCACCAUGGGCAUGGGCAAGAUCCUGCUGCCCCAAGGGCACGGCCACAGUCAGUGUCAGGGGGACAGCCAGAGCCACGGGGGGGUGCACUCCCACUCCCACUCCCACUCCCACAGCAGCGGCCACGGCAGCCUGCCCCACGCGCACACCGCUCCGCUGCCGCCUCGACUGGGCGUGUGUCUGGACUGCGACAGGGGGCGGGUCGCGUUCUACGACGCCCACUCGCUGCGCGUCCUGUGGGAGGGACCCGUGGACUGCUCGGCGCCGGUGUGCCCCGCCUUCUGCUUCAUCGGCGGAGGGGCCCUGCAGCUGCAGGACCUGGUGGCGAACCGGAGCAUCGAGGAGCCGCCGCCGCGGAGAGUCACCAUCCAGACACGUGCAACAAACCUCAGUAAAUGAAGCUGUAGUGAAUUAUUGGCACGUCGUGUCUGUAGGUGCGGCUCGUAGUUAACGAUUAACUGCCUUGGGCUUGUCACACUUUAAUACUACUGCGAAAUAGGAUCUGAUUUUUUAAUUGAGUCAAACAUAUGAAGUUCUUUUGCAUUUGGCUGACGUUGCAUUGAUUCGUUUUGUUAUUAUUCAUUUUUCUCUUGCUUUAUUUUCAAAUUGUGGCUGAAGCUCUUUUAGACUAUGCAGAAUUCUAUCGCUGGGUGCAUCAAACACCGUUAUAACAGGUUAAGAGAAACCUGUUUAAAUUGUAGGGAAACCUCAGUCCUCUCUUUACACGCGAGUCCAUUUGUCCCACAGUGGCUGGACAUCAACGCUUGCAUGCAGGUGUAACUAGAACUCAUACAGUACUUAAGGUACAUAUAUGCAGGUCAACACAUCAAAGCACCUCAGACGUUCUGUGUCUGAUUUCCUAUAUUAACUGUUUUUUUAUGUAAAGCCAAUGCAGAAUCAGAGAACGUGAAUGAUAUUUGGUUGCUGAAUUGUGCUGAAAAAGUUCUCCCCGUCUCCGUCACAGUUACGUGUCUGUGGUAUUUCACAGCAUCGGUUGGUGUUUUAUGUGGUACUUUUGCAUUUCUAAAGGACUCGGGCCCAGUGUCCAUGCUGGUUUACAUACUAUGAACAUGUGAAUGUGUCACACGUGUUUUACGUUUUGAUGGAAGUGAAUGGACGACAAAGAAACUGGAGUAUUUUCUUCCUCGGCGUUGGUUUCAUCCACCUUUGACUAAACCUGAUUCACAGUUACGUCGGAGGGACGCAGCAACUCGUUUUAGUUGAACGCACGCCUCCAUACUGUAAUGUUUUCCAACGGACAGGCUCUGACUGUUUUUGAUAUAUCAUAUGAUUGUAUGACGCGUGUAUGUGACCUUUCUCUACUUGUGUUGCAGCACUUGAAUGAGUCCAGACUGUAGCACAUGUCACAGAGCAGAUUCUGACUGUUCUGACUUUGCCUUGCUCGCAGAAUGUUUCUAUCGUGUCAUGAGAUCAAAUAAUAAACAACUGAUGGAUAUAAAACA